AUGUCUGGCGUUAUUGACGAGACCCCACUCAGUGCUGCGCCUCUCGAGCGCCGGAACUCUUUGGAGAAGCAUCUCCAAACUCGCCCAGACAUGCAGGAUCUCAAGAACCGCCAUAUCCUGCUGGACACCAACGUGGCCCCAUCUCUCCAGUCAGCUCAGCAAGAGCUCGAUCGUCACCGCGCGACGGACAGUCUCAAGAAGAAUCUAGAGAAGAGACCUGACCGUGAUGAACUAGUGGAGCGGAAUAUUCUCCCCGCGACCACCGCCGCACCGGCCUUGCAAGCUCACGCCCGUGAGCUCGAACGCCACAUGCUGGCCGACAACCUCGAGCACAAGAUUCAGAAUCGACCCCAACCGGAUACAUUGAUCACUCAGGGCAUUUUGACAGAGGAUGAAGAUCCCCGAUCGGCCUAA